AAGGAGCUGAGGGGCCAAGUGAUUCAGAAGUGAGAAAUAAAAAACAGUUGGGGAAGAAGGUGUCUGUUAGAGAUACAACCGAAAGUAAGUCUACACCUGUGGUAGGUGGACAAGGAAGAAAGACGGCAACUAUAGAUAAGAAAGGCACUAGUAGCAAUAUUGACAUAUCGUCGUUGAAACGGAAAAGUGGGGGGAAAAGUAGCCAGGUCAAAAGUAACUCUGACAAGGAUAUGACUUCAAAGUCUUCUUCCAAAGCCCACAAAAAGGAUCUUCAAAUUUCACCAAAACGUUACAACAAAUUGCUUGAUGAUGAAAGUGAGGAUCAUAUGGUGGAAGAAACUCCCAAGAUAAAAUCUAAGACCAAGCGUAAUUCAGGAAAAGAUAAAGAAACUCAACAUCCGACAAAACCUUCCUCAACAUCGCCUGAAGAUAUAGAUUAUUCAGAGGAAACUCCUAAGUUAAGUUCCAAGAGGAAGCGCGGUGGAAAAGAUGAAGCUUCAGGUGAUAUAAAAUAUAAUGACAGUUUGGUUGGUUCCAAGGAUAAAGUAUGCUGCCCGGAUGAUGCACAGAAGAAUAACAAGAACAAGAUGACGUCUUCGGGAGAAAAACUCGGAGAUCAGCUUGUCAAAGCUGGGAAUAAUCUCCUUCCGCCUCCAACUUCGGUUGAUGAACUGCUUGAAAAGCUUGACCAUAUUGAGGCUCUCCUAAUAAAAGUGGAACAGUUGCCACCCAAGUCGAUGUUAGAGGCUAUUAUUCCAUUGAUUAAAUCAUUGGUUGCAAAUGAACUUAUAAAACAUUCAGAUAUAGAUGUGAAAGUUGCAGUUGCCUGUUGUAUCAGUGAGAUAACCAGAAUCACUGCACCGGAAGUUCCAUAUGAUGAUGAGAAGAUGGAGGAGGUCUUUGAGUUGAUUGUAUCCUCGUUCGAAAACUUAUCUGACAAGUCAAGCCGUUCAUACACCAAAAGGACCUCGAUUUUAAAAACAGUUGCUAAUGUUAGAUCAUGUGUGAUCAUGUUAGAUCUGGAAUGUGAAUGGCUUAUUGCUGACAUGUUUCAGCACUUUCUGAAAACCAUAAGGGAUUAUCAUCCAAAGAAUGUCUUUUCUUAUAUGAUGGCCAUUAUGGUACACGUACUGGAAGAAAGUGAAGACGUUUCCCUUGAGCUGCUCUCUCCUGUUUUAGCUAUUUUAAAGAAGGAUAAUCAGGAAAUAUUGCUGGAGGCCCGCAAAUUAGCUGAAAAAGUAUUUGAAAGCUGUGCUGCAAAAAUCAAACCGUGUCUUGUACAAGCUGUAGAAACUGAAGCUCUUUCUUUAGAUGAAUAUAGUAAUGUGGUUGCUGGUAUAUGUGGGAUAACCCGUGUUAAAGAAAAUGGUGGUCAAGCAGAAAAUGAUGGUCCUGCAUGUGGGGAACCACCUGCUGUGGAGGAAAAUUUGGUCGAACCGUCAUCACAUGAUGUGCCUCAGGUUGAGGAUAAUAUAUUAGUUGAAUCAUCCACAAAUGAUAUACCUCAGCUUAUCAAUUCGUCUCAGGAUGAUGAGAGAGCUGUCGAGUCAGCACCAUCUGACAACCUGGUGCCUGGUGAAACUGUAGAUGAUGAACCCAUUAAGGAUGCAGUUCCUGAUGGAUCUCCACAGGCAGCUAAGAUUAAUGAUUCUGCCGAAGACAAUAAUGAAGGUCCUUCAGCAGGCCAUGAUGAAUUGGUAGAUAUGAAUGAAAACACUGCUGUUAUAUCUCUAACACCUGACAUCACAAAAGAGGUUCAAAUUGAGUUACUGCCUGAACAAUCCAUGAAGAUUAUUACCAACAUGUCAGAGGAUGGACAACAUACUGAUAAAAAAUCUGAUGACAAAAAAUCUGAUACCAACGAAGCAAUCAACGCUGAACCUGAGGAUGGUCAACAUUCUGAACAGUUAGAUAAUAAUAAUAUGGAAAGUAAGGCUGAAUCCAGUGAUUUGGGAAGCACAAAAGUGGUAAAAUUGAAGCUGAAAUCAGAAGAAACAACUGGGAAGGGUUCGAAGAUACCAGAGGAUGAUGCCCAAGAAACUGACCAAAUAACAGAAAAUAAUGAGAUUGAGCCUGUUGAUUUGGAAAGCUCAAAAAUGGUUAAAUCAAAGCGAAAAUCAGAGCUAACUGGCAGAAAGAGAUCAAAGAAGCCCGAUGAUGCUAAUGAAGCUGGUAAGGCUGAAUCUGGUGAUUUGGGCAACAUAAAGGUGUUUAAACUAAAGUUUAAGUCAGAGGAAACUGCCAGAGGAAGUUCCAAAACUCCAGAUGAAGGUCAAGACACUGGCCAACUCACAGAUACUAAUGAAGCAACUAAGGCUGAAUUAAAUAGCACUAAGGUGAUAAAACCUGAGUCGAAAUCAGGGCAGACUACUACUAGCAGGAAAAGACGAAGAAAACUCAACUCCUUUUCCACUAGAGAGCCUUCUGGCUCCUCCUUUGUUGAUGAUGGUGAGAAAGAAGCAGGCAAACUGUCAGAACUCAUAGACCAUAAUGAAGAGGUUCCCUGUCCACCUUCACAGCAAGCCAAACUUUCAGGAAAUACACAAAAGAAUGAACAACUUGCUUCUCCAUCCCAAAGUGAAACUCUUCUUGAUGAGAAUCAACCAAAAAGGUCUGCACAGGUAAAUAAAAAGUUGAAGCAAAGAGUUGAGGGGCCAAGUGAUUCAGAAGUGAGAAAUAAAAAACAGUUGGGGAAGAAGGUGUCUGUUAAAGAUACAACCGAAAGUAAGUCUACACCUGUAGUAGGUGGACAAGUAAGAAGGACGCGAACUAUAGAUAAGAAAGGCACAAGUAGCAAUAUUGACAUAUCGUCGUUGAAACGGAAAAGUGGGGGAAAAGGUAGCCAGGUCAAACGUAACUCUGACAAGGAUAUGACUUCAAAGUCUUCUUCCAAAGCCCACAAAAAGGAUCUUCAAAUUUCACCAAAACGUUACAACAAAUUGCUUGAUGAUGAAAGUGAGGAUCAUAUGGUGGAAGAAACUCCCAAAAUAAAAUCUAAGACGAAACGUAAUUCAGAAAAAGAUAAAGAAACUCAACAUCCGACAAAACCUUCCUCAACAUCGCCUGAAGAUAUAGAUUAUUCAGAGGAAACUCCUAAGUUAAGUUCCAAGAGGAAGCGCGGUGGAAAAGAUGAAGCUUCAGGUGAUAUAAAAUAUAAUGACAGUUUGGUUGGUUCCAAGGAUAAAGUAUGCUGCCCGGAUGAUGCACAGAAGAAUAACAAGAACAAGAUGACGUCUUCGGGAGAAAAACUCGGAGAUCAGCUUGUCAAAGCUGGGAAUAAUCUCCUUCCGCCUCCAACUUCGGUUGAUGAACUGCUUGAAAAGCUUGACCAUAUUGAGGCUCUCCUAAUAAAAGUGGAACAGUUGCCACCCAAGUCGAUGUUAGAGGCUAUUAUUCCAUUGAUUAAAUCAUUGGUUGCAAAUGAACUUAUAAAACAUUCAGAUAUAGAUGUGAAAGUUGCAGUUGCCUGUUGUAUCAGUGAGAUAACCAGAAUCACUGCACCGGAAGUUCCAUAUGAUGAUGAGAAGAUGGAGGAGGUCUUUGAGUUGAUUGUAUCCUCGUUCGAAAACUUAUCUGACAAGUCAAGCCGUUCAUACACCAAAAGGACCUCGAUUUUAAAAACAGUUGCUAAUGUUAGAUCAUGUGUGAUCAUGUUAGAUCUGGAAUGUGAAUGGCUUAUUGCUGACAUGUUUCAGCACUUUCUGAAAACCAUAAGGGAUUAUCAUCCAAAGAAUGUCUUUUCUUAUAUGAUGGCCAUUAUGGUACACGUACUGGAAGAAAGUGAAGACGUUUCCCUUGAGCUGCUCUCUCCUGUUUUAGCUAUUUUAAAGAAGGAUAAUCAGGAAAUAUUGCUGGAGGCCCGCAAAUUAGCUGAAAAAGUAUUUGAAAGCUGUGCUGCAAAAAUCAAACCGUGUCUUGUACAAGCUGUAGAAACUGAAGCUCUUUCUUUAGAUGAAUAUAGUAAUGUGGUUGCUGGUAUAUGUGGGAUAACCCGUGUUAAAGAAAAUGGUGGUCAAGCAGAAAAUGAUGGUCCUGCAUGUGGGGAACCACCUGCUGUGGAGGAAAAUUUGGUCGAACCGUCAUCACAUGAUGUGCCUCAGGUUGAGGAUAAUAUAUUAGUUGAAUCAUCCACAAAUGAUAUACCUCAGCUUAUCAAUUCGUCUCAGGAUGAUGAGAGAGCUGUCGAGUCAGCACCAUCUGACAACCUGGUGCCUGGUGAAACUGUAGAUGAUGAACCCAUUAAGGAUGCAGUUCCUGAUGGAUCUCCACAGGCAGCUAAGAUUAAUGAUUCUGCCGAAGACAAUAAUGAAGGUCCUUCAGCAGGCCAUGAUGAAUUGGUAGAUAUGAAUGAAAACACUGCUGUUAUAUCUCUAACACCUGACAUCACAAAAGAGGUUCAAAUUGAGUUACUGCCUGAACAAUCCAUGAAGAUUAUUACCAACAUGUCAGAGGAUGGACAACAUACUGAUAAAAAAUCUGAUGACAAAAAAUCUGAUACCAACGAAGCAAUCAACGCUGAACCUGAGGAUGGUCAACAUUCUGAACAGUUAGAUAAUAAUAAUAUGGAAAGUAAGGCUGAAUCCAGUGAUUUGGGAAGCACAAAAGUGGUAAAAUUGAAGCUGAAAUCAGAAGAAACAACUGGGAAGGGUUCGAAGAUACCAGAGGAUGAUGCCCAAGAAACUGACCAAAUAACAGAAAAUAAUGAGAUUGAGCCUGUUGAUUUGGAAAGCUCAAAAAUGGUUAAAUCAAAGCGAAAAUCAGAGCUAACUGGCAGAAAGAGAUCAAAGAAGCCCGAUGAUGCUAAUGAAGCUGGUAAGGCUGAAUCUGGUGAUUUGGGCAACAUAAAGGUGUUUAAACUAAAGUUUAAGUCAGAGGAAACUGCCAGAGGAAGUUCCAAAACUCCAGAUGAAGGUCAAGACACUGGCCAACUCACAGAUACUAAUGAAGCAACUAAGGCUGAAUUAAAUAGCACUAAGGUGAUAAAACCUGAGUCGAAAUCAGGGCAGACUACUACUAGCAGGAAAAGACGAAGAAAACUCAACUCCUUUUCCACUAGAGAGCCUUCUGGCUCCUCCUUUGUUGAUGAUGGUGAGAAAGAAGCAGGCAAACUGUCAGAACUCAUAGACCAUAAUGAAGAGGUUCCCUGUCCACCUUCACAGCAAGCCAAACUUUCAGGAAAUACACAAAAGAAUGAACAACUUGCUUCUCCAUCCCAAAGUGAAACUCUUCUUGAUGAGAAUCAACCAAAAAGGUCUGCACAGGUAAAUAAAAAGUUGAAGCAAAGAGUUGAGGGGCCAAGUGAUUCAGAAGUGAGAAAUAAAAAACAGUUGGGGAAGAAGGUGUCUGUUAAAGAUACAACCGAAAGUAAGUCUACACCUGUAGUAGGUGGACAAGUAAGAAGGACGCGAACUAUAGAUAAGAAAGGCACAAGUAGCAAUAUUGACAUAUCGUCGUUGAAACGGAAAAGUGGGGGAAAAGGUAGCCAGGUCAAACGUAACUCUGACAAGGAUAUGACUUCAAAGUCUUCUUCCAAAGCCCACAAAAAGGAUCUUCAAAUUUCACCAAAACGUUACAACAAAUUGCUUGAUGAUGAAAGUGAGGAUCAUAUGGUGGAAGAAACUCCCAAAAUAAAAUCUAAGACGAAACGUAAUUCAGAAAAAGAUAAAGAAACUCAACAUCCGACAAAACCUUCCUCAACAUCGCCUGAAGAUAUAGAUUAUUCAGAGGAAACUCCUAAGUUAAGUUCCAAGAGGAAGCGCGGUGGAAAAGAUGAAGCUUCAGGUGAUAUAAAAUAUAAUGACAGUUUGGUUGGUUCCAAGGAUAAAGUAUGCUGCCCGGAUGAUGCACAGAAGAAUAACAAGAACAAGAUGACGUCUUCGGGAGAAAAACUCGGAGAUCAGCUUGUCAAAGCUGGGAAUAAUCUCCUUCCGCCUCCAACUUCGGUUGAUGAACUGCUUGAAAAGCUUGACCAUAUUGAGGCUCUCCUAAUAAAAGUGGAACAGUUGCCACCCAAGUCGAUGUUAGAGGCUAUUAUUCCAUUGAUUAAAUCAUUGGUUGCAAAUGAACUUAUAAAACAUUCAGAUAUAGAUGUGAAAGUUGCAGUUGCCUGUUGUAUCAGUGAGAUAACCAGAAUCACUGCACCGGAAGUUCCAUAUGAUGAUGAGAAGAUGGAGGAGGUCUUUGAGUUGAUUGUAUCCUCGUUCGAAAACUUAUCUGACAAGUCAAGCCGUUCAUACACCAAAAGGACCUCGAUUUUAAAAACAGUUGCUAAUGUUAGAUCAUGUGUGAUCAUGUUAGAUCUGGAAUGUGAAUGGCUUAUUGCUGACAUGUUUCAGCACUUUCUGAAAACCAUAAGGGAUUAUCAUCCAAAGAAUGUCUUUUCUUAUAUGAUGGCCAUUAUGGUACACGUACUGGAAGAAAGUGAAGACGUUUCCCUUGAGCUGCUCUCUCCUGUUUUAGCUAUUUUAAAGAAGGAUAAUCAGGAAAUAUUGCUGGAGGCCCGCAAAUUAGCUGAAAAAGUAUUUGAAAGCUGUGCUGCAAAAAUCAAACCGUGUCUUGUACAAGCUGUAGAAACUGAAGCUCUUUCUUUAGAUGAAUAUAGUAAUGUGGUUGCUGGUAUAUGUGGGAUAACCCGUGUUAAAGAAAAUGGUGGUCAAGCAGAAAAUGAUGGUCCUGCAUGUGGGGAACCACCUGCUGUGGAGGAAAAUUUGGUCGAACCGUCAUCACAUGAUGUGCCUCAGGUUGAGGAUAAUAUAUUAGUUGAAUCAUCCACAAAUGAUAUACCUCAGCUUAUCAAUUCGUCUCAGGAUGAUGAGAGAGCUGUCGAGUCAGCACCAUCUGACAACCUGGUGCCUGGUGAAACUGUAGAUGAUGAACCCAUUAAGGAUGCAGUUCCUGAUGGAUCUCCACAGGCAGCUAAGAUUAAUGAUUCUGCCGAAGACAAUAAUGAAGGUCCUUCAGCAGGCCAUGAUGAAUUGGUAGAUAUGAAUGAAAACACUGCUGUUAUAUCUCUAACACCUGACAUCACAAAAGAGGUUCAAAUUGAGUUACUGCCUGAACAAUCCAUGAAGAUUAUUACCAACAUGUCAGAGGAUGGACAACAUACUGAUAAAAAAUCUGAUGACAAAAAAUCUGAUACCAACGAAGCAAUCAACGCUGAACCUGAGGAUGGUCAACAUUCUGAACAGUUAGAUAAUAAUAAUAUGGAAAGUAAGGCUGAAUCCAGUGAUUUGGGAAGCACAAAAGUGGUAAAAUUGAAGCUGAAAUCAGAAGAAACAACUGGGAAGGGUUCGAAGAUACCAGAGGAUGAUGCCCAAGAAACUGACCAAAUAACAGAAAAUAAUGAGAUUGAGCCUGUUGAUUUGGAAAGCUCAAAAAUGGUUAAAUCAAAGCGAAAAUCAGAGCUAACUGGCAGAAAGAGAUCAAAGAAGCCCGAUGAUGCUAAUGAAGCUGGUAAGGCUGAAUCUGGUGAUUUGGGCAACAUAAAGGUGUUUAAACUAAAGUUUAAGUCAGAGGAAACUGCCAGAGGAAGUUCCAAAACUCCAGAUGAAGGUCAAGACACUGGCCAACUCACAGAUACUAAUGAAGCAACUAAGGCUGAAUUAAAUAGCACUAAGGUGAUAAAACCUGAGUCGAAAUCAGGGCAGACUACUACUAGCAGGAAAAGACGAAGAAAACUCAACUCCUUUUCCACUAGAGAGCCUUCUGGCUCCUCCUUUGUUGAUGAUGGUGAGAAAGAAGCAGGCAAACUGUCAGAACUCAUAGACCAUAAUGAAGAGGUUCCCUGUCCACCUUCACAGCAAGCCAAACUUUCAGGAAAUACACAAAAGAAUGAACAACUUGCUUCUCCAUCCCAAAGUGAAACUCUUCUUGAUGAGAAUCAACCAAAAAGGUCUGCACAGGUAAAUAAAAAGUUGAAGCAAGGAGUUGAGGGGCCAAGUGAUUCAGAAGUGAGAAAUAAAAAACAGUUGGGGAAGAAGGUGUCUGUUAAAGAUACAACCGAAAGUAAGUCUACACCUGUAGUAGGUGGACAAGUAAGAAGGACGCGAACUAUAGAUAAGAAAGGCACAAGUAGCAAUAUUGACAUAUCGUCGUUGAAACGGAAAAGUGGGGGAAAAGGUAGCCAGGUCAAACGUAACUCUGACAAGGAUAUGACUUCAAAGUCUUCUUCCAAAGCCCACAAAAAGGAUCUUCAAAUUUCACCAAAACGUUACAACAAAUUGCUUGAUGAUGAAAGUGAGGAUCAUAUGGUGGAAGAAACUCCCAAAAUAAAAUCUAAGACGAAACGUAAUUCAGAAAAAGAUAAAGAAACUCAACAUCCGACAAAACCUUCCUCAACAUCGCCUGAAGAUAUAGAUUAUUCAGAGGAAACUCCUAAGUUAAGUUCCAAGAGGAAGCGCGGUGGAAAAGAUGAAGCUUCAGGUGAUAUAAAAUAUAAUGACAGUUUGGUUGGUUCCAAGGAUAAAGUAUGCUGCCCGGAUGAUGCACAGAAGAAUAACAAGAACAAGAUGACGUCUUCGGGAGAAAAACUCGGAGAUCAGCUUGUCAAAGCUGGGAAUAAUCUCCUUCCGCCUCCAACUUCGGUUGAUGAACUGCUUGAAAAGCUUGACCAUAUUGAGGCUCUCCUAAUAAAAGUGGAACAGUUGCCACCCAAGUCGAUGUUAGAGGCUAUUAUUCCAUUGAUUAAAUCAUUGGUUGCAAAUGAACUUAUAAAACAUUCAGAUAUAGAUGUGAAAGUUGCAGUUGCCUGUUGUAUCAGUGAGAUAACCAGAAUCACUGCACCGGAAGUUCCAUAUGAUGAUGAGAAGAUGGAGGAGGUCUUUGAGUUGAUUGUAUCCUCGUUCGAAAACUUAUCUGACAAGUCAAGCCGUUCAUACACCAAAAGGACCUCGAUUUUAAAAACAGUUGCUAAUGUUAGAUCAUGUGUGAUCAUGUUAGAUCUGGAAUGUGAAUGGCUUAUUGCUGACAUGUUUCAGCACUUUCUGAAAACCAUAAGGGAUUAUCAUCCAAAGAAUGUCUUUUCUUAUAUGAUGGCCAUUAUGGUACACGUACUGGAAGAAAGUGAAGACGUUUCCCUUGAGCUGCUCUCUCCUGUUUUAGCUAUUUUAAAGAAGGAUAAUCAGGAAAUAUUGCUGGAGGCCCGCAAAUUAGCUGAAAAAGUAUUUGAAAGCUGUGCUGCAAAAAUCAAACCGUGUCUUGUACAAGCUGUAGAAACUGAAGCUCUUUCUUUAGAUGAAUAUAGUAAUGUGGUUGCUGGUAUAUGUGGGAUAACCCGUGUUAAAGAAAAUGGUGGUCAAGCAGAAAAUGAUGGUCCUGCAUGUGGGGAACCACCUGCUGUGGAGGAAAAUUUGGUCGAACCGUCAUCACAUGAUGUGCCUCAGGUUGAGGAUAAUAUAUUAGUUGAAUCAUCCACAAAUGAUAUACCUCAGCUUAUCAAUUCGUCUCAGGAUGAUGAGAGAGCUGUCGAGUCAGCACCAUCUGACAACCUGGUGCCUGGUGAAACUGUAGAUGAUGAACCCAUUAAGGAUGCAGUUCCUGAUGGAUCUCCACAGGCAGCUAAGAUUAAUGAUUCUGCCGAAGACAAUAAUGAAGGUCCUUCAGCAGGCCAUGAUGAAUUGGUAGAUAUGAAUGAAAACACUGCUGUUAUAUCUCUAACACCUGACAUCACAAAAGAGGUUCAAAUUGAGUUACUGCCUGAACAAUCCAUGAAGAUUAUUACCAACAUGUCAGAGGAUGGACAACAUACUGAUAAAAAAUCUGAUGACAAAAAAUCUGAUACCAACGAAGCAAUCAACGCUGAACCUGAGGAUGGUCAACAUUCUGAACAGUUAGAUAAUAAUAAUAUGGAAAGUAAGGCUGAAUCCAGUGAUUUGGGAAGCACAAAAGUGGUAAAAUUGAAGCUGAAAUCAGAAGAAACAACUGGGAAGGGUUCGAAGAUACCAGAGGAUGAUGCCCAAGAAACUGACCAAAUAACAGAAAAUAAUGAGAUUGAGCCUGUUGAUUUGGAAAGCUCAAAAAUGGUUAAAUCAAAGCGAAAAUCAGAGCUAACUGGCAGAAAGAGAUCAAAGAAGCCCGAUGAUGCUAAUGAAGCUGGUAAGGCUGAAUCUGGUGAUUUGGGCAACAUAAAGGUGUUUAAACUAAAGUUUAAGUCAGAGGAAACUGCCAGAGGAAGUUCCAAAACUCCAGAUGAAGGUCAAGACACUGGCCAACUCACAGAUACUAAUGAAGCAACUAAGGCUGAAUUAAAUAGCACUAAGGUGAUAAAACCUGAGUCGAAAUCAGGGCAGACUACUACUAGCAGGAAAAGACGAAGAAAACUCAACUCCUUUUCCACUAGAGAGCCUUCUGGCUCCUCCUUUGUUGAUGAUGGUGAGAAAGAAGCAGGCAAACUGUCAGAACUCAUAGACCAUAAUGAAGAGGUUCCCUGUCCACCUUCACAGCAAGCCAAACUUUCAGGAAAUACACAAAAGAAUGAACAACUUGCUUCUCCAUCCCAAAGUGAAACUCUUCUUGAUGAGAAUCAACCAAAAAGGUCUGCACAGGUAAAUAAAAAGUUGAAGCAAGGAGUUGAGGGGCCAAGUGAUUCAGAAGUGAGAAAUAAAAAACUGUUGGGGAAGAAGGUGUCUGUUAAAGAUACAACCGAAAGUAAGUCUACACCUGUAGUAGGUGGACAAGUAAGAAGGACGCGAACUAUAGAUAAGAAAGGCACAAGUAGCAAUAUUGACAUAUCGUCGUUGAAACGGAAAAGUGGGGGAAAAGGUAGCCAGAUCAAAAGUAACUCUGACAAGGAUAUGACUUCAAAGUCUUCUUCCAAAGCCCACAAAAAGGAUCUUCAAAUUUCACCAAAACGUUACAACAAAUUGCUUGAUGAUGAAAGUGAGGAUCAUAUGGUGGAAGAAACUCCCAAAAUAAAAUCUAAGACGAAACGUAAUUCAGAAAAAGAUAAAGAAACUCAACAUCCGACAAAACCUUCCUCAACAUCGCCUGAAGAUAUAGAUUAUUCAGAGGAAACUCCUAAGUUAAGUUCCAAGAGGAAGCGCGGUGGAAAAGAUGAAGCUUCAGGUGAUAUAAAAUAUAAUGACAGUUUGGUUGGUUCCAAGGUUAAAGUAUACUGCCCGGAUGAUGCACAGAAGAAUAACAAGAACAAGAUGACGUCUUCGGGAGAAAAACUCGGAGAUCAGCUUGUCAAAGCUGGGAAUAAUCUCCUUCCGCCUCCAACUUCGGUUGAUGAACUGCUUGAAAAGCUUGACCAUAUUGAGGCUCUCCUAAUAAAAGUGGAACAGUUGCCACCCAAGUCGAUGUUAGAGGCUAUUAUUCCAUUGAUUAAAUCAUUGGUUGCAAAUGAACUUAUAAAACAUUCAGAUAUAGAUGUGAAAGUUGCAGUUGCCUGUUGUAUCAGUGAGAUAACCAGAAUCACUGCACCGGAAGUUCCAUAUGAUGAUGAGAAGAUGGAGGAGGUCUUUGAGUUGAUUGUAUCCUCGUUCGAAAACUUAUCUGACAAGUCAAGCCGUUCAUACACCAAAAGGACCUCGAUUUUAAAAACAGUUGCUAAUGUUAGAUCAUGUGUGAUCAUGUUAGAUCUGGAAUGUGAAUGGCUUAUUGCUGACAUGUUUCAGCACUUUCUGAAAACCAUAAGGGAUUAUCAUCCAAAGAAUGUCUUUUCUUAUAUGAUGGCCAUUAUGGUACACGUACUGGAAGAAAGUGAAGACGUUUCCCUUGAGCUGCUCUCUCCUGUUUUAGCUAUUUUAAAGAAGGAUAAUCAGGAAAUAUUGCUGGAGGCCCGCAAAUUAGCUGAAAAAGUAUUUGAAAGCUGUGCUGCAAAAAUCAAACCGUGUCUUGUACAAGCUGUAGAAACUGAAGCUCUUUCUUUAGAUGAAUAUAGUAAUGUGGUUGCUGGUAUAUGUGGGAUAACCCGUGUUAAAGAAAAUGGUGGUCAAGCAGAAAAUGAUGGUCCUGCAUGUGGGGAACCACCUGCUGUGGAGGAAAAUUUGGUCGAACCGUCAUCACAUGAUGUGCCUCAGGUUGAGGAUAAUAUAUUAGUUGAAUCAUCCACAAAUGAUAUACCUCAGCUUAUCAAUUCGUCUCAGGAUGAUGAGAGAGCUGUCGAGUCAGCACCAUCUGACAACCUGGUGCCUGGUGAAACUGUAGAUGAUGAACCCAUUAAGGAUGCAGUUCCUGAUGGAUCUCCACAGGCAGCUAAGAUUAAUGAUUCUGCCGAAGACAAUAAUGAAGGUCCUUCAGCAGGCCAUGAUGAAUUGGUAGAUAUGAAUGAAAACACUGCUGUUAUAUCUCUAACACCUGACAUCACAAAAGAGGUUCAAAUUGAGUUACUGCCUGAACAAUCCAUGAAGAUUAUUACCAACAUGUCAGAGGAUGGACAACAUACUGAUAAAAAAUCUGAUGACAAAAAAUCUGAUACCAACGAAGCAAUCAACGCUGAACCUGAGGAUGGUCAACAUUCUGAACAGUUAGAUAAUAAUAAUAUGGAAAGUAAGGCUGAAUCCAGUGAUUUGGGAAGCACAAAAGUGGUAAAAUUGAAGCUGAAAUCAGAAGAAACAACUGGGAAGGGUUCGAAGAUACCAGAGGAUGAUGCCCAAGAAACUGACCAAAUAACAGAAAAUAAUGAGAUUGAGCCUGUUGAUUUGGAAAGCUCAAAAAUGGUUAAAUCAAAGCGAAAAUCAGAGCUAACUGGCAGAAAGAGAUCAAAGAAGCCCGAUGAUGCUAAUGAAGCUGGUAAGGCUGAAUCUGGUGAUUUGGGCAACAUAAAGGUGUUUAAACUAAAGUUUAAGUCAGAGGAAACUGCCAGAGGAAGUUCCAAAACUCCAGAUGAAGGUCAAGACACUGGCCAACUCACAGAUACUAAUGAAGCAACUAAGGCUGAAUUAAAUAGCACUAAGGUGAUAAAACCUGAGUCGAAAUCAGGGCAGACUACUACUAGCAGGAAAAGACGAAGAAAACUCAACUCCUUUUCCACUAGAGAGCCUUCUGGCUCCUCCUUUGUUGAUGAUGGUGAGAAAGAAGCAGGCAAACUGUCAGAACUCAUAGACCAUAAUGAAGAGGUUCCCUGUCCACCUUCACAGCAAGCCAAACUUUCAGGAAAUACACAAAAGAAUGAACAACUUGCUUCUCCAUCCCAAAGUGAAACUCUUCUUGAUGAGAAUCAACCAAAAAGGUCUGCACAGGUAAAUAAAAAGUUGAAGCAAGGAGUUGAGGGGCCAAGUGAUUCAGAAGUGAGAAAUAAAAAACUGUUGGGGAAGAAGGUGUCUGUUAAAGAUACAACCGAAAGUAAGUCUACACCUGUAGUAGGUGGACAAGUAAGAAGGACGCGAACUAUAGAUAAGAAAGGCACAAGUAGCAAUAUUGACAUAUCGUCGUUGAAACGGAAAAGUGGGGGAAAAGGUAGCCAGAUCAAAAGUAACUCUGACAAGGAUAUGACUUCAAAGUCUUCUUCCAAAGCCCACAAAAAGGAUCUUCAAAUUUCACCAAAACGUUACAACAAAUUGCUUGAUGAUGAAAGUGAGGAUCAUAUGGUGGAAGAAACUCCCAAAAUAAAAUCUAAGACGAAACGUAAUUCAGAAAAAGAUAAAGAAACUCAACAUCCGACAAAACCUUCCUCAACAUCGCCUGAAGAUAUAGAUUAUUCAGAGGAAACUCCUAAGUUAAGUUCCAAGAGGAAGCGCGGUGGAAAAGAUGAAGCUUCAGGUGAUAUAAAAUAUAAUGACAGUUUGGUUGGUUCCAAGGUUAAAGUAUACUGCCCGGAUGAUGCACAGAAGAAUAACAAGAACAAGAUGACGUCUUCGGGAGAAAAACUCGGAGAUCAGCUUGUCAAAGCUGGGAAUAAUCUCCUUCCGCCUCCAACUUCGGUUGAUGAACUGCUUGAAAAGCUUGACCAUAUUGAGGCUCUCCUAAUAAAAGUGGAACAGUUGCCACCCAAGUCGAUGUUAGAGGCUAUUAUUCCAUUGAUUAAAUCAUUGGUUGCAAAUGAACUUAUAAAACAUUCAGAUAUAGAUGUGAAAGUUGCAGUUGCCUGUUGUAUCAGUGAGAUAACCAGAAUCACUGCACCGGAAGUUCCAUAUGAUGAUGAGAAGAUGGAGGAGGUCUUUGAGUUGAUUGUAUCCUCGUUCGAAAACUUAUCUGACAAGUCAAGCCGUUCAUACACCAAAAGGACCUCGAUUUUAAAAACAGUUGCUAAUGUUAGAUCAUGUGUGAUCAUGUUAGAUCUGGAAUGUGAAUGGCUUAUUGCUGACAUGUUUCAGCACUUUCUGAAAACCAUAAGGGAUUAUCAUCCAAAGAAUGUCUUUUCUUAUAUGAUGGCCAUUAUGGUACACGUACUGGAAGAAAGUGAAGACGUUUCCCUUGAGCUGCUCUCUCCUGUUUUAGCUAUUUUAAAGAAGGAUAAUCAGGAAAUAUUGCUGGAGGCCCGCAAAUUAGCUGAAAAAGUAUUUGAAAGCUGUGCUGCAAAAAUCAAACCGUGUCUUGUACAAGCUGUAGAAACUGAAGCUCUUUCUUUAGAUGAAUAUAGUAAUGUGGUUGCUGGUAUAUGUGGGAUAACCUGUGUUAAAGAAAAUGGUGGUCAAGCAGAAAAUGAUGGUCCUGCAUGUGGGGAACCACCUGCUGUGGAGGAAAAUUUGGUCGAACCGUCAUCACAUGAUGUGCCUCAGGUUGAGGAUAAUAUAUUAGUUGAAUCAUCCACAAAUGAUAUACCUCAGCUUAUCAAUUCGUCUCAGGAUGAUGAGAGAGCUGUCGAGUCAGCACCAUCUGACAACCUGGUGCCUGGUGAAACUGUAGAUGAUGAACCCAUUAAGGAUGCAGUUCCUGAUGGAUCUCCACAGGCAGCUAAGAUUAAUGAUUCUGCCGAAGACAAUAAUGAAGGUCCUUCAGCAGGCCAUGAUGAAUUGGUAGAUAUGAAUGAAAACACUGCUGUUAUAUCUCUAACACCUGACAUCACAAAAGAGGUUCAAAUUGAGUUACUGCCUGAACAAUCCAUGAAGAUUAUUACCAACAUGUCAGAGGAUGGACAACAUACUGAUAAAAAAUCUGAUGACAAAAAAUCUGAUACCAACGAAGCAAUCAACGCUGAACCUGAGGAUGGUCAACAUUCUGAACAGUUAGAUAAUAAUAAUAUGGAAAGUAAGGCUGAAUCCAGUGAUUUGGGAAGCACAAAAGUGGUAAAAUUGAAGCUGAAACCAGAGGAUGAUGCCCAAGAAACUGACCAAAUAACAGAAAUAAUGAGAUUGUGCCUGGUGAUUUGGGAUGCUCAAAAAUGGUUAAAUCAAAGCAAAAAUCAGAAAGUCAGCAAGGUGUUGAAGGGGCCAAGUGAUUCAGAAGUGAGAAAUAAAAAACAGUCGGGGAAGGUGUCUGUUAGAGAUACAACCGAAAGUAAGUCUGCACCUGUGGUAGGUGGACAAGGAAGAAAGACGGCAACUAUAGAUAAGAAAGACACAAGUAGCAAUACUGACACAUCGUCGUUGAAACGGAAAAGUGGGGGACAAAGUAGCCAGGUCAAAAGUAACUCUGACAAAGAUAUGACUUCAAAGUCUUCUUCCAAAGCCCACAAAAAGGAUCUUCAAAUUUCACCAAAACGUUACAACAAAUUGCUUGAUGAUGAAAGUGAGGAUCAUAUGGUGGAAGAAACUCCCAAGAUAAACUCUAAGACGAAGCGUAAUUCAGGAAAAGAUAAAGAAACUCAACAUCCGACAAAACCUUCCUCAACAUCACCUGAAGAUAUGGAUUAUUCAGAGGAAACUCUUAAGUUAAGUUCCAAGAGGAAGCGCAGUGGAAAAGAUGAAGCUUCAGGUGAUAUAAAAUAUAAUGACAGUUUGGUUGGUUCCAAGGUUAAAGUAUGGUGGCCUGAUGAUGCACAGUUCUAUCUUGGUGUAAUUGAUUCUUUUGAUUCUGUUAAAAAGAAGCAUAAGGUUUUGUAUGAUGAUGGGGAUGAGGAGACUUUAAUUCUUAAUUCUUUAGCUCGAUCACAAUCAUGCCGCACCAUCUUCGGUUCCAGCGAGAUUCCAUCGCGUUUAUUUGGUCAGGACAGCCUUACAAGACCAACCAAUAAUCGAAUCGCCGGUAUUGGAGAUUUAAAGUGUUCCCUAUCCAAUUAUGCUUCAUCAAACAAAGGAUUCAACAGUCAUCAUUCUUUCUCUACAGACACCAGUUCUAGCCGGAUCAAUAACUCCGAUUUCACUGAGAUGGCUUGGGAGGGAAUUGUUGGAGCAGUAGAUGCAGUUCGGGUUAGCAAACAACAAGUGGUGGAAACGGAGCAUUUAGUGAAAGCGCUCUUGGAGCAAAAAGAUGGUCUGGGUCGAAGAAUUUUCACAAAAGCUGGUCUUGACAAUACAUCUGUUUUACAAGCAACAGAGGAUUAUAUAGCUCAACAACCCAAGAUUGGUGGUGACACUAGUGGCCCUAUAGUAGGAUCACAUUUGAAGUCCCUCUUGGAAAAUGCUAGGGUUCUUAAGAAAGAAAUGGGAGAUUUCUUGGAACAUCUAGUACUAGCAUUGCUUAAAGACAGGAGAUUUGGGCAGAAGUUGUUGAAAGACCUUCAAAUUAGCGAGAAAACUCUAAAGGAAGCUGUUCAAGCUGUUCGUGGAACUCAGAGAGUCACUGACCAAAAUCCUGAAGGGAAGUAUGAGGCUCUUGAAAAAUAUGGUAAUGAUUUGACUGAGCUUGCUAGGCGAGGGAAACUUGAUCCGGUUAUAGGCAGAGAUGAUGAAAUUCGAAGGUGCAUUCAGAUUCUAUCACGCAGGACGAAGAAUAACCCUGUCAUUAUUGGUGAGCCUGGAGUUGGGAAAACUGCAAUAGCAGAAGGAUUAGCCCAAAGAAUUGUUCGGGGAGAUGUUCCUGAACCCUUACUGAAUCGGAAGUUGAUCUCCCUGGAUAUGGGUUCAUUACUUGCUGGUGCAAAAUUUAGAGGUGAUUUUGAGGAGAGGUUAAAAGCUGUACUUAAAGAAGUCACGGCUUCAAAUGGGCAAAUUAUUUUAUUCAUCGAUGAGAUUCAUACAGUCGUUGGAGCUGGUGCUACUGGUGGAGCAAUGGAUGCAGGAAACUUGUUGAAGCCAAUGCUAGGUCGUGGUGAGCUUCGAUGCAUUGGAGCUACCACAUUAACCGAAUAUAGGAAAUACAUUGAAAAGGAUCCUGCUUUAGAACGUAGAUUUCAACAGGUUUCCUGUGGACAGCCAUCUGUAGGAGAUACCAUCUCCAUUCUUCGAGGACUGCGUGAACGCUAUGAGCUUCAUCAUGGUGUUAAAAUAUCAGACAGUGCACUUGUUUCAGCUGCAGUCCUUGCAGAUCGAUAUAUAACUGAGCGGUUCCUGCCCGACAAAGCCAUUGAUCUAGUAGAUGAAGCUGCAGCAAAGCUGAAAAUGGAGAUCACUUCAAAACCCACAGAGUUAGAUGAGAUUGAUAGAGCCGUCCUAAAGUUAGAAAUGGAAAAACUCUCUCUGAAAAAAGACACAGACAAAGCUUCAAAAGAAAGGUUAACGAAAUUGGAGGCCGAUCUCAACUCACUCAAACAAAAGCAAAACGAGUUAAACGAGCAAUGGGGACGUGAAAAAGUUCUUAUGAACAGAAUCCGUUCUAUCAAAGAAGAGAUUGAUCGAGUAAAUCUUGAAAUGGAAGCAGCCGAGCGUGAGUACGACUUGAACCGCGCAGCCGAACUCAAAUACGGAACAAUGAUAUCGCUCCAGCGCCAGCUGGAUGAAUCCGAGAAUAACCUGACUGAAUACCGCAACUCCGGAGGAUCGUUACUCCGUGAGCUGGUUACGGAUAUAGAUAUUACUGAAAUUGUAAGUAAAUGGACGGGGAUACCCUUAUCGAAUCUUCAGCAGUCGGAGAGGGAUAAACUGGUCAUGUUGGAACAAGUUCUCCACAAAAGAGUUGUUGGGCAGGACAUGGCAGUUAAAUCAGUUGCGGAUGCUAUCCGACGGUCUAGAGCAGGUCUGUCCGAUCCUAACCGUCCAAUUGCGAGCUUCAUGUUCAUGGGUCCCACUGGUGUUGGAAAAACAGAACUCGCAAAGGCCCUGGCCGGAUACCUCUUCAACACAGAAAACGCUUUAGUUAGGAUCGAUAUGAGCGAGUAUAUGGAAAAACAUGCGGUUUCUCGAUUGGUGGGGGCUCCGCCUGGGUACGUAGGUUAUGAGGAAGGCGGGCAGUUGACCGAAGUUGUCAGACGGAGGCCUUAUUGUGUUGUGUUAUUCGAUGAGAUCGAGAAGGCACAUCAUGAUGUGUUUAAUAUCUUGUUGCAAUUAUUGGAUGAUGGGAGGAUAACCGAUUCUCAAGGAAGGACGGUUAGCUUUACGAAUUGUGUUGUCAUUAUGACGUCAAAUAUCUGUUCUCAUCAUAUCCUUGAUACUCUUCAAACCAAACACGAAAAAAGUAAGGAGGCAGUUUACGAUCUAAUGAAAACACAGGUAGUUGAGCUGGCCAGACAGACUUUCCGGCCUGAGUUCAUGAACCGAAUUGACGAAUAUAUCAUCUUUCAACCUCUCGACACGAGCGAAAUCAGCAAGAUUGUUGAGAUUCAGUUAAAUCGGCUAAAGGAAAGACUCGAACAAAGGAAGAUCGAUCUACAAUACACACCGGAAGCAGUAGAACUACUGGGAAAACUAGGGUUCGAACCAAACUUUGGUGCAAGGCCAGUUAAGAGAGUUAUCCAACAGUUAGUUGAAAACGAAAUAGCUAAAGGGAUCUUGAAAGGAGAUUUCAAUGAAGACGACUCUAUCAUUAUUGAUGCAGACAAUUCACCGUCUUCUUCGAAAAACCGACUUAUUAUCAAGAAAUUGAAUGGAAACAGUUUUGCAAUGGAUCCUCCUAUUGCUGCCAGCAGUUAACACUAAUAUUGCAACAAAAAUGGUGUUUUGGUAAAUAAAGGGUUUUGUAGUAGGAUUGAUUACUUUGAAGUAAUAGGAAAAAAAAAGUUUGUC